AACCCAGUUCAGGGUUUAAAGUCUGAGAAGGGAAGCAAACAGGACUCCUCCUUCUGCAUCACAUGAGCACAGUCACAGCUGCAAGUCAGAUACAAAGCUCAUAUAGUGAGUGGGAGCAGUGCUGUUAGGCUGUGAGUGCAAUGAGGUUCUUUCCAGACCUUUCCCCGGUCACUUGGCUGCUCCUCGCUGCUUUCCUGGGUCUCCUGGUGCUCUAUGGGAUAUGGCCCUACCAGACCUUCAAGAAGCUGGGCAUUCCUGGCCCACAGCCCGUGCCGUUUUGGGGGACAUUUCUGGGGUACAGACAGGGGCUCCUGAAUUUUGAUCAGAUGUGCUUUGAAAAAUACGGUAAAAUCUGGGGGAUUUAUGAUGGCAGGCAGCCUGUGAUGGCUAUUCUGGACCCCGUCCUCAUCAAAACCAUCUUGGUAAAGGAGUGUUAUAGCACUUUUACCAAUCGCAGGGUCUUUGGUCUGAGUGGAAGACUGGAAUCAGCUCUUAGCAUGGCUAUGGAUGACCAGUGGAAAAGAAUUCGCACUGUGUUGUCCCCAACCUUCACCAGUGGGAAGCUGAAAGAGAUGUUCCCUAUCAUUGAGAGCUAUGGUGAAAAACUAGUGAAAAACCUGGAGAAGAAAGUGGCUAAUGAAGAGUUCCUGGAUGUAAAGAACAUUUUUGGAGCCUACAGCAUGGAUGUGGUGGCCAGCACUUCUUUCAGUGUGGACAUUGACUCUAUGAGCAAACCCAGCGACCCCUUUGUCACCAACAUUAGGAAGUUUCUCAAAUUCAGUUUCCUAAACCCAUUGCUCAUAUUCAUAGUGUUGUUCCCCUUCAUGAUCCCAGUGCUAGAAAAGAUGAAUAUGUCUCUGUUACCUUCCAAAGUCAUCGAUUUCUUUGAUGCCGUCUUCAUGAAAAUGAAGAAGGAACGGGAAGAAGGAUACCAUGUGGACCGAGUAGACUUCCUGCAGCUGAUGAUUGACUCACAGAGUUCUCAGGAUAGCUCCAAGUCUGCUGGGGAGAAGGACUCAUAUAAAUCAUUAAGUGAUGAGGAGAUUCUGGCCCAGGCUCUUAUCUUUGUCUUUGCUGGUUAUGAAACCACCAGCUCCACACUCAGCUACAUCUCCUAUCAUUUGGCCAUUCACCCUGAUGUGCAGAAGCGACUACAGGAUGAGAUCGAUGCAAACUUGCCUAACAAGGCUGCUCCUACAUACAAUGCAGUCAUGCAGAUGGAGUAUCUGGAUAUGGUGGUGAGUGAAUCCCUGCGGCUGUACCCCCCUGGGGGGCGGAUUGAGCGGGUCUGCAAGAAGACGGUGGAGUUCAAUGGGGUGACCAUCCCAAAGGGCAUGGUGGUGAUGAUCCCAGCCUAUGUGCUGCAUCGUGACCCGACAUACUGGCCCAAGCCAGAGGAAUUCAGGCCUGAGAGGUUUAGUAAAGAAAACGGAGAGAACAUUGACCCCUACACCUUCCUGCCGUUUGGGGCCGGCCCCAGAAACUGCAUUGGAAUGAGAUUCGCUCUCCUCAUCAUUAAAGUGGCUAUGAUUGUCCUUUUGCAGAAGUUCUCAUUCAAACCCUGCAAAGACACUCCGAUCCCCCUGGUUAUGGACACAAAAGGUUUCAUGCAGCCAAAGAAGCCUAUCGUCCUGAAGAUGGUCCCCAGAGCCCACUGCGAUCCACAGAACUGAAGGAGCCGCUCAGAGACUUUUGUUCAAUGGUGUUUUCCCUGCCCAACUCUGGAAAAGAGACCCAGAUUGAAGUGCGCACUCUUGAAAUGUCAGUGAUGCAAAUCCCCAUUUUGCAAUGGGGCAUUAGGGGUUUGGCCUGGCAUAAUUAAAAGAGCAUUAUCCUAAUUAAAAUUCCUUGGCCCCAGAUCCUGCUGUCCCAGAUCAUAAUAGGCAUUUUGCAGGACCGUUUGUGCUCAGGUUAUUUGGGUGGUUUUUUUCUCUCUCUCCCUCUGAAGAGGCGCUUUUCUCAGCAAUUUGAUUCCAGACGCUGUCAGUCUCUUCUGGCAGUGUAAUUUAAAUCAAGAUAGAGAGAGCAAAUUGCACAUAGUUAAGUAAUGCUACCAUUGCUCCUGUUCCUACUGCCUGCUGGGCAGCUCUGUGUGUCUUCUGGUUUUAUUCCCCUGGGGAUGUAGAUUUGUCCAGGGCUAUUUCCUCAGCUGUUUGCUCUGACCCUGACAAGUGUUCAAGUGGUCAUGUCCUCACAGGGAUGAAUGCCUGCCUCAAAUUUUCUGAUACUGAUUUAUUUAGAUUUUGUUAGAAUUUCAUGCACGAUUAUGAUUGCAGACGAGUUAACUGGAGGAGCCCAGAGACAAGCAGUUGCCCCUAAUGACUGGAGCUCUGUGGAGUGAGAGAGAAGUGCCCUGCGUGUUUUGCUGCUUGUUUGCUUGUUUCACCCCAGGCACACAGCUGUCUCCUGCAGUAGUGACUGUCAGUACAGGCAACAUCUACUGCACUGCCACCGUGACACCUUUUAGUCUUUGAUGUGCAUUAGGCCACCAUAGGACAGAAUAACUGAAUUAAUAAUGGCACAGGGUGCAGCACUGAGAGCCUUCAGAUGUCCUGGAUGGCCCUGGUCUAGCAGGAAGAUGUUGCCUUUGGCUGUUGAGGACAGGGAAGUCUUCCCCAUCCUUUGUCCUUGUUUCACAUUCUAGAGGACGUAAUGCUUUGUGCUGUUCCAUCUCCUAGAGAUGUUCCAUUUAAGAUGCUCAGUCCAAAAUCACAGAACCCUUAAGGCUGGAGAAGACCACUAAAAUCAACCCGCCCCCCACCACAACACGAGGACAUGUCCCUCAGUGUCACAACCACAUGAUUCUUUAACAACUCCAUGGACAGUGACUCUACCGCUCCCCAGGGCAUUCCAAUGCUUGAAAUAAGUGACAGAGCAGAGCCAUUGGUGGUGUGAAGUGGUCUCCAGUGCAAAAAUGGACUUAAGAACUUCAGUCGCUAGAGAGCAGUUGCUUUCCUUUUUCUAUUGCUUUUCUGUUCUGAUAUAUUGUUAUUAUGGUUAGAUUGUGUAUAUAUUAUUAUAUACCCUUCUUUUUAUUUCUUUCUAUAUUUUAUAUUUUCUUUUUAUAUUUUUGAGGCGUUUAGUCGAAAACCCCCAGAGACGCAUAAAAGCCUUUCUGCAGUGGAUUAAAUUCCCCAGUGAAAGUCAUCCUUGCCUGAAAGGGUAGGGAAGAGCAAAGCUGUUUCCCUUGAGAGUCAACAGUGAGCUGAGAGGGAGGGUGAGAAAAAUCCAGCUUCCCCCUCUGCCUUUGUGAGCCGCAGCAGCACAUCGCCCUUCUAGACUUUGCACAAAGGCAAGAGUUCAUCUUCACUUUCAGCUGUUACCGUCCCCCCUUUCAAAGCCGUGGCACUGUGUUUGACUGCGGCCAUGACAGCGCAUCUCCAGGGGGAACAACAAAACACAGAGGCGGUCAGAAACCUGGGAACAAACAGCAGCCAAGCAACUCCAUCGCCACAGCGGGUGACAAAAAGGGGCAUGGGAAAUCCCAAGGGUUGCUUGGAGGGGUGAACAAGGAGAUGAAGGUGAUGAAGUAACUCGCAGCACUGAAGGUCAGGGAGGCAUUAAUGACCUGGCCAGGACAAAGGCUGUAGCUCGACUGGUGGUGGUGAUGGAAGUCACGAGCCACGUGCGAAGGGUUUUGCCUCCUUGCUCCGUGCCCACAUUGGCAUUAAUCACUUACACACAAAUGUCAACACUGCGGAAAAUAUCCUUUGGGAUAAUCUCUCUUGCAAAGCCGCUUAACAUUUUAGUAAUAAACAGUUCACUUUCAGGUGUCAAA